UUUUUUUUUUUUUUUUGGUCUGCAUCUAAUGAAGAUCCCGGUUUGGGAAUGGUGGGCCCGUCUCGCUUCAUUUCUGAGGGGGGUUCUGAUCACCAUCACACCUCAUCUGUGGGGUGUGCAUUUGCUGUUGCUAUGCGAGCCAGGGGAAGGGAGAGCUUGAAUGCCUGGCGGCUGCUGGGCUAGGGCCGCGGCACCCACCGGAGCAGGGCCGUGGGUACCACUGCACUCCCGCCUGCCCCACCACAGGCCGGCAGCCCGCGAAGCCCAUAUAAACCCCACUCCUCCAGCCCGGAGCCAGCCUCGGGACCGCAUUGCCACACAUGCCCAGGGUGACCCGAGAAUGUGGUAGGGGUGAAUCCGUUGGCUUGCGCUGAAGUUGCGGGGAAACUUUGAAGGUGGAUGUCUGCACGGUGGGGAAGGAUAUCCUGAUGCAUGAGGCCACCGAGGAAGGGGUCCGUGGGUGUCGGGGUUUCGGGAAGACCUUGGGGGGAGCUACCAGUGCCCUGUUCUCCUAGGCAGGCGGAAGAAGGCCUGUGCGUUUCGCUGCAAGCUCAAGCCUGACUCCCAACAACAAGGCGUUUAUUUCUUCCUGUGGAGCAACUGCAUCUUUUUCUUUCUCACUGCUGGGCUGCAAGCAGGAUCUGCAGGCACAUUGGAAUGUAUUGCGAACGAUUCUUAGGCAUUUUUCCAGAGCUUAACACAUUCAGUUGGAAGAAAGCUUGCGACGCAGCCCUGAUUUUUGGAAUGGAUUUCUAGAGCCUGUUGCCACUCCUGGGAGAAGCUCUCUCUCCCUGUUUUUGAAUUAGAUUUUCAACUUAACCCUGGCUGAGAAAGACUGCUGGAUGUCUUAAAUUAGCAGGGAAGACCCCUUGAGCUGCCCUGUGUAUUCACAAGCAGAUUUAAUUUCAAAUUGUUUUGAUAAACUGCGUCGCCACAAAGACACUCGUCAUGGCUGCUCUGUGGAUUUGAAAAGAACAAGAAAACCCCAGGAAACUGACAUUUUAUAUUCACCUGAUAAUGACUAUUUCUUUUUUUCCCCCUUCCUAUUUAAAAAUUCUUGCUUUUUUCCAAAUCAAGAUUCAUCAGAAUUCGCUGAAGAUUUAUUCUUAAGAAGGAAGGCUUCGUCACAUUUUAAUGCGUCGCUCGCUGUCAGACACUUUUGGGGCUCGCAGCUAAGCCUGAGCAAGGGAAGACAGAAGCCUAACCUGGAAUAAUGGAUUUUCCUAAAGUUCAUUUGAUCAUUUGAAGGAACUAAAUUUACCCUGGACACAAAUGCGUGAUGGGAUGGGUGGGCAGGUGAAGAAAAAAAAAGAGCCAAGGUUGGAAGGAAAUAUCUGGGCAGGUAGAAAGAUGGAAAUUUGAGAAUUGAUUGGAUUCACUUGCAGCCAGCGUGUGGAUGUCAUUUUUCUUUGCUUCGCCUUUUUUUUUUUUCCGCUACAGGAAGUGAUUUGCGGUGCUCACCGAGCCUUUGUUGAGAAGGGUCUCCUCUCUGAGUGAGUCAUGCUCUUGCUCUUGUUGGGAGCAGCCCCAAGCAGCCGGGCGCUCCGUGAGAGUCUAGUGACUUUUGCAAAGCCACCGUUCACCCCUCAGCAGCGAUCUCCGGGGCCCGCGCUGAGCGGCGGCAGCUGCGCUGGCCUGUGACAGUGGGAGGUUCUGGAAGCAUCUCCAGAAGGCCGUCCUGGGACCCCCGGCUCCUCGUCCCGUCCCGGGGCCCCGCGGCUGGUCUGCUAUGCUCUGCAGCCCGCGCCGGGGCCGGCACCAAGCAGCGCCCGGGCGGAUGCGGCGAGCUCACGGAGGGGCAUGCUUCCACGCACCAAGUACAACCGCUUCAGGAAUGACUCGGUGACCUCGGUCGAUGACCUUCUCCACAGCCUGUCGGUGAGCGGCGGCGGCGGGAGUGGAGGUGGCAAGGUCCCGGCGGCGGCGGCGGCGGCGACGCGCACGACCCGGGCGGCGGCCCCCUACCUGGUGUCGGGCGAGGCGCUGCGCAAGGCGCCGGACGAUGGGCCGGGCAGCCUGGGCCACCUGCUCCACAAGGUGUCCCACCUGAAACUAUCCAGCUCGGGCCUGCGCGGCCUGUCGUCGGCCUCCCGGGAGCGGCCGGGCGCACGGCUCUCGGGCAGCAGCAGCGCGCCCAGCCUGGCGGCCGCGGACGGCUGCGGGACCCCCGCGUCCCGCGCCCCGGCUCCCGGCAUGAGCGCCAGGAAGGGCCGGCCGGCCGACGAGCCACUGCCCAGACCCCCUCGGGGAGCGCCGCACGCCAGCGACCAGGUGCUGGGGCCCGGAGUCACCUACGUGGUCAAGUAUUUGGGGUGCAUUGAAGUUCUGCGCUCAAUGAGGUCCCUGGACUUCAGCACAAGGACACAAAUCACCAGGGAGGCCAUCAGCCGUGUUUGCGAAGCUGUGCCUGGUGCGAAAGGAGCUGUCAAGAAGAGAAAGCCUCCGAGCAAAGUGCUGUCCAGCAUCCUGGGAAAAAGCAACCUCCAGUUCGCAGGGAUGAACAUCUCUCUGACUAUCUCCACCGCCAGCCUGAACCUGCGCACGCCUGACUCCAAGCAGAUCAUAGCGAACCAUCACAUGCAGUCCAUCUCCUUUGCCUCAGGGGGAGACCCGGACACGACAGACUAUGUUGCCUAUGUAGCCAAGGACCCUGUGAAUCGCAGAGCUUGCCACAUUCUGGAAUGCUGUGAUGGGCUGGCCCAAGAUGUCAUUGGUUCCAUUGGACAAGCCUUUGAGCUCCGGUUCAAGCAGUAUUUGCAAUGUCCUUCCAAGAUCCCCGCUCUCCAGGACCGGAUGCAGAGCCUGGAUGAGCCAUGGACAGAGGAGGAGGGAGAUGGCACAGACCACCCAUACUACAACAGCAUUCCCAGCAAGAUGCCUCCUCCAGGGGGCUUUCUUGAUGCCCGACUAAAGACACGUCCCCAUGCUCCAGACGUAGCCCAGUUUGCAGGAAAAGAGCAGACUUAUUACCAAGGAAGACACUUGGGAGACACGUUUGGUGAUGACUGGCAGCAAGCUCCUGUCAGGCAAGGUGAGAGACAAGGGUCUUUGGACAUCUAUAGCAUGCCAGAAGGGAAAGCUCAGGUGGCCCCUGCAGGAGAAGUGCCGACCUACGUCAACACCCAGCGAGUCCCAUCGCAGGCCUGGCCCACCACUGGCAGCAGUGCCGAAAGCAGCCCACGGAAAGACCUCUUCGACAUGAGGCCCUUUGAAGACGCCCUCAUGAGCCAGCCCCCCGCACUGAGCAAGGCAGCCUCAGCUGAGAGUAUCAGCCCCAUGGUUCCCAGAGUCCCGGAUGCCAAGGUUCUGGAGGAGCUGAGCGCCGAGCCUUGGUACCGAGGAGAGAUGAGCAGGAAGGAGGCUGAGGCGCUGCUGGAGAAAGAUGGAGACUUCUUGGUCAGAAAGAGCACCACCAACCCUGGCUCCUUCGUCCUCACCGGCAUGCACAAUGGCCAGGCCAAGCACCUGCUGCUGGUGGAUCCGGAAGGCACGAUCCGGACGAAGGACAGGGUCUUCGACAGCAUCAGCCACCUCAUUAACCACCACCUGGAGAGCAGUCUGCCUAUCGUCUCUGCUGGGAGUGAGCUCUGCCUCCAGCAGCCAGCAGACAGGAAGCCUUGAGCCGGCCUUGACCCCCAUCGAUGCCUGGUGCCAGGUCAGGAGGUCAACUAGCCUCAACUAGUCUGUGGGCUCAGCACCUUCUUGAAACGUCCCCCAAAGAAGGUUUCCUUCAAGUUUCAUAAACUUGUUCCAGAUUUCUCAUAUGCAUAUUAAAGGUGUAUAUACCUAUACAUCCUGUAAAAAUUAUCCCUCUAUAUUUAUAUUUUUAAGGGAGAUGUAAGAGUAAUAUUGUGUGCUGUAUGUUUUUAAUGAAAAAAAAAACAUGUUUAACUAUAGUUGUCCAGGCAAAAAUUUAACUCAACUUACCUAUUCCACUGGGAAAUUUCACCAGGAAGGUGUGACCUGCAGUUUUACCUAAUAAGCACAAUACAAGGGGAAACGAGGCAGGCAGGAAGCUCUAUGAUAAAAUGGGAGUGUAACAGAAUUAGGGCAUGCUGCCCAAAUGAUGUCUUACUCUGCUCUAAAACACCCAUGGAUCCUGGCUCUGGGAUGCGCUAUGCUCACAAAUUGGGCUUCCUCCUCUCUGGCUCGCUCGGCAGCCUCCCAUGGCCCUGAGCCGCAUGCUGCUGGGUGCUCGUCCACCAGGGAAGGCCCGCUGCAGCCUCACUACAGAGCAGGUGCCUCUUGGCUCCUGUGGGUCAUACUAAACAUGGGGACCUGUCACACCUGACCCCAAUUAUGUGGGGUCAUUUGAGGCCAAAUCUGGCACAACAUAAAGCUCAUCAAUCAAGAGUUUGCUUGACAAAGGCUUCCCUUGUUGUCAUCAGUGGAGAGAUGAAAUGAGCACCUGUGCAGGGUGGCAGAGGUGUGCUCCUGGACUGCUCAUCCUUCUAGCCAAUGUGUUCAUCAUGGGCUGCUGUGCUGCUAAGGAAGGCACCUUCCACACACCUCUCAUGUUGUGUCAACCAAAAAAAAAAAAAAAAACAACAAAAA